AUGCAAGGCUCCAGCUGGCUGGAAGACCACCUCUCUCACAUGCUCCUCUUCCCUCUAUCCCAUUCCCCUCACUUCCCAUGUCCUCCUCAGGAGCCCAAAUGCAAUUUUUCUCUGGCCAAGUUUAUGUUACACUACCAAGCCAAGAAUGGCACACCCUUCAACUGGACAGAGAGCCAGAUCAUUGAGUGGGAGAAGUUUGCUGAGAUGGCUAAAUACGAGCCGGAGUCACAGAAGCUCACCAUGAAAGCUCUCCUCAUUGUGGCCUACACAGUCAUCAUCAUCGUAUCUCUCUUUGGUAACUUGCUGGUGUGCCAUGUGGUGAUGAUGAAGAAGAGGAGGAGGAGGAGGAGGAGGAGGAUGCAUUCGGCCACCAGCCUCUUCAUUGCCAACCUGGCCAUGUCCGAUAUCAUGAUCACCUUGCUCAACACACCUUUCUCUUUGGUAAGUCCUUCGCCAAACUGCCAUGCCCCCAGACCAGAAAGGAAGGAGGUCACUGCCUGGAUUAAGUCAUUGCCUUGCAUUUGGUGUGCUAGACAGACACCCAGGGCCUUGUUCACACCAUACAUUUAAAGCACUGUGAUCCCACUUUAAAUGUUCAUGGGAGAGCUAGAGGAGGUCAGCAAAUCAAUCUGCCCACCCCUGCCUGGCCGGACUGCUGACCUUGAGGCUCAUAUUUCAUUAAAUUGGAAAUAUUAGUUUAUGUUGCAGUGAUUUUGCUUGUUUGCCUUAUGAUAGAAUUGUUUGGUUAUUUAUUGGUCCUGUUUAUAUGAUUUUGUAAUUUUGGUGGCUAUUUUUCUAUGUUUAUUUUUAUAAACUUUGCUCCCCUUUCUGAGAUUGAAAACAUGCAAUGACAAGUGGACUAUAAAUACUGUAAUCUUUUAAAUUAAUAAAUAAAUGGCUCUCCCAAAGAAUUCUGGGAGCUGUAGUUUGUUAAAGGUGCUGAGAGUUCUUAGGAGAGUCCUAUUCCACUCCCAUUGCCACCUGGCAAGCAAACAGUCAGAUCAAGUAAAAAAUUGACAGAAGUCCCUAUUUUAAUCUUUGCGAACUUUCACAAAUGGACAGAGGUCCUCCUGACCCCAUGUGCCGAUGGAAACCCCAUGUGCUUGACUGUACCAAGUGAAUCCUAGUUGUUAGCCACAAAUCUUCUGCUGGCCCCAUUAUUCUUGCCAGUCUCUUCCGCAGGUUCGGUUCGUGAACGGCACAUGGGUCUUUGGGGAAAGCAUGUGCCAUGUCAGCCGCUUUGCGCAGUAUUGCUCUCUCCACGUCUCCACCCUGACCCUGACAGCUAUAGCCCUGGACCGGCAUCAGGUAUGAAACCCCACCCCAUCCCCCACCUCCCCCUGCAAAAGGUAUCCUGAAACCAGGGGUGCCAACUUGAAUAAAAUAUGGGGGGAGGAGGUAUAAUUGAUCCCUGUCAAUUAUCCCUGUCCUGCAUAAUUGAUCACAAGGUGUAGCACAUGCACACCAUUUGAAUGGCACUACUCAUCAACUUUGGGGAACCCUGGCCCCCUCAAAUAUUUUAUUGGGGAGUGGCUGAAGGGACCUUGGGCCCUAGAGGUUGGCUCCUAUGCCUGAAACCAACACUAUUUUGCCUUUAGUCUUGACUACACAAAGUUGUGGAGUGGGCAGUGGGAGAAAGGGUGCCCUAAGGACACAAGGAAAUUGAAAUUGCCCACCAUAAUAAACAGCCAGUGUAUGUAUGUAUUUGUUAGGAGUGGUCACUUGGGUGUAUAAGCAGCUUCUUAUACGAAGUCAGGACAUUGGUGUGUCUAGUUCAAUACUGUCUACACUGACUGCCCGUGGCUUCCUAGGGUUUCAGACAGGAAUCUCUCCCGGCACUAAGUGGAGAUGCCAUUGGAGAUUCUACCUGGGACCUCCCUGCAUGCAGCAAAGCAGGUGCUCUAUCACUGAGCUAUGGCCCUUUCCCAUAAUGGUCAGAGAAGGGUGCUGCAGCUCAUCCAUCCAAUCUGAUCAGGUGAAAAACAGCCUGGGCAGUGGUUAUUUUGCACACGUUCAAUUAUUGCUUGACCACUGACAUGCGGGUCAUUUGGACCUGGAAGAGGGCGGGGCAUAACAGGGCAUGACGGGGUGGGGUGGGCUUGGCUUAUGCAUGCUCUGCCAACGCGCAUGAAUGCCCAGAACACAUCCCCUGUGCAAAAUGGGGGUUGCCUGUAUUACAGAGAAAAGCCUUUUUAAAACCAAUAAAGCCAACUGUCAUGGUAUAUAAGUAACUUUAUUUCAGAGGGGGAAAGGAAUGCAACAAAUCACACAGAAAGAGACUUCCAAAUAACAUUUUUAAAGGCAAUCUAAUUUAGCUAAUUACAUUUUGCCUAUUUGAGUGUUGUCUUGGGUGUCAGAAAACAUGCAGAGCUCCUGGAAAGAAGGCAGCCUGGGAAAGUGUUAGUCCCUUGCAGAAUAUCUCUGGUUUUCAUGGUUCCAAAGGAGACAAAGGACUAAAGGAUAUGUCACACAUUUAUUAUAGUUUGGGACCAGAAAAAGGCGCCUGCCUUGACUGUAGUUUGAACCAAUGGUGAAAUAAGCUCCAUCUCUCAUGUAAGUGGUUAGGUAUCAAUCAGAAGCGGUGUCUGGGAUGUUAGGGGAGGGGUGGUACCUCUGGUGGAUGACAUGUUGUGCAUUUUCUGAGGUAGUUUGUCCACCUUUGGUCCCCACCCUGCACUCAGCUCUCACCUGUGGGUCCUAGAAGCUGUCAGCAUAGGACAAUGGCUACACCCCAGGAACAGCUUUGACUGGCAAGCUAAACCAGGUGAGGGGCAGCCAAUGGGUCUCAAAUCCUUGAUGAGUUGGGGACUUCCCCUGCAUGUGAAAACAGGCUGUUGUGGACUGAGUGGACCCAAUAGACCUCAAGAAGGCAGUUUCUGCAUGUGUUGUAGAUGGAAGUGAGGGGCAGAUGGGACUCAUCUACCUGAGAAGGUAGUGCAUCCAGGGGAAGGAAAACUCUGACCCUAAACCUCUGCUGGACCCAACACAAAUCCGGAGUGCAGUCCCUAAGACAGUUGGACAGCGCCUUGUACGCCUCCUUUCAGCAACUCCUGGGGUGCCAAACAUAUUGCUCUGAUUUCCUUUGGACCGCAUCAAUGACACCAAGGGGGACGGGUCUUGUCAUCUAGGCAGCCCAGGACCUCCAUGCACAGUGCCUAGACUUGCACCCCAGGGAGGUCACUUUGGUGUUGCUAACACAGCAGUUUGACUUCACCCCCAAAGGUACACUGCAUUGUCUCUCAAGGCAGAUAUAUGCCAACAACCACUAAUCAGAAUGUGCAUAGAGGAUGGUUCGGCUUCCUAAUGGUGUUGAACUUCCAUUACGAAAGAACUAGUCAAUUCAGACCAGUUUGCUAUUAUAGGAAAGAAAGGAUUAAAUGAAAUGAAACCAAGGAUAUUGUUUCCAUGCAGCGUUCUUAGCUCUAGAUGGCACUAUUGGUCUAUAUUAGAAUAAAGAGGUUCAGCUCUCACAUAUAUUCAUGUACAAUAACUGACCGUUGUUUUGCACUUCUUGAUAAGUGUCCUGCAGCAAAAUUACAUGGUUUAUCAAGUAUCUGGUAGAUUGUUUACAUGGGCUCCAUGAUUAUUAAGGAUUCAUGGAGUUGGAAAGGACCUAGGAGAUCAUCAAGUCCACCUCCCUCCCGCAUCAGUGCAGAAUCUGCAAUGCAGGAUAGACUGAUAGGCAUUUUGUCACAUAGUGGGUGUUGUUUAACUCCUGGAGAAUAUACUCACAGAAAGAUGAAACAGUUUAAAAAAAAAGUUGGAACUAAAGGUUGGAGUGUGUCUUAGGAGCUUCUUUCAUUAACUGAGGUACUGUGUUCAUCAGUAAGCUAACAAUGUGUAUUAUAAUAUCAGCUCAGUAGGGAAAAUGAUUAAUAGAACAUUGUGAUACCAAAAGAAGGUAGAAAGAAAUUGCAGGCUUAGGAAGUGAAUACUGAAAUAUUCCCCUGGGUGUUCAGAGAAAGUGUUCUAUUAUUAUUGAGGCCAUCUCCCUAAUAAGUCAAGCACUGGCAGCAUUAAAAGCACCAGGUUGUCAUGUGCUGGUAGCAGUGAGGUAAGCUUUGCAGAUUGUUUGCAGCAGGGAUGGCUACCUUUCUUCAGCUUAAUAUUAGCCACUCCUCUGAGAGUUACAUGGCGUUUGCCACACAAACCCACACGGGCAGACCACUAGGAACACAGCACUCCCUUUUAUGUGCUGAGCAUUAACUGGAAACCACGGACUUGCAGGUAACUCUGCUGCCUUUCUUCAGCCAAGUCUGUGCAUCUCCCAUGGACUGCAAACUUCAGCCAACAGCUUUCCAUUAGCAAGAAGCUGAUAAUGGUGGUUGCUUAUGCCAAUAUUCUUGCAUGAUCACCCAGCCCUUUUAUGUCUAAUGCAGUAAGAAGAGGCAGGACUUCAGAACUCAAAGCACUGUCUCUGAUUCAAAAUUUGCACCAACAUGAUAAUGAAGGUCAAGAGCCUCCAUUGUCAAGACUGAUUGGAUGAGUGGGUCUGAAUUGCAUCUCCCAUGGCUGCCUGCACUGGUUACAGAGAUGUGGGUUAAAUCUCUCCAACCACAUAAGUGCAGUGAUGGGGUUAAACAGCGCCACGCUCUGCUUGGUAGUGGGAGUGGAAAGUGGGAGGUUUUUAAAACAUCUGCACUAUAUAUUAAAGCAGUAUCAUGACCGUUUAGACCAGUGGUUCCCAAAAUGGGCAAUACUGCCCCCUAGAGGGCAGUGGGAGUACCUAGGGGACGCUAAGAGGCAAGGGGACAGCAGUGGUUGUGGGAGGUGCAAAUGACUAUCGGACUUUGAAAAACUGGUACCACUGGAUCAAGUCCAUCACUAACUUAGAUGCAGCCAUGGUCGCCAACUUAGAAUUGUAGAGUUGGAAGGGACCCUGAGGAUCAUCUAGUCCAACACACUGCAAUGCAGGAAUAUGCAUGUGUUUCAUUUGGAACCCGCAAUCAUGGUGUUAUCAGCACCAUGCUCUUACCAACUGAACUAUCCACAUCAGCUUUGUUGAAUUAAUUAAACUAAAUAGUUUUAAUUGGCUUUUGAAUAAAUGUGCAAUUAAUUGGUACUGUUUUGAUCUUUAUGCUGUUCCUAUCUUCCUUAGUGGGCUGUGCAAACCACUAUUCUGAAAAAUGCCCUUUGUAGGGUAGUGUAGGGAGCACUGGGGUGAGUUUCUGGAAUGAGGGGGUGGCCCAAAAAAAGGAGUCACUGCUUUUGGCAGUCAUGGUUUUCCCCGAAGAAUCAUGGGAAGUGGUUUGUCAAGGGUGCUGAGAGUUCUUAGGAGGCCCCUUUAUUCCUAUCGCAAAGCUGCAAUCCCCAGAGUUCCCUGGGAAGACAGACUGGUUGUUAACUGCUUUGGGAAAUGUAGUUGUGGGGGGGGGGAGGUGGUCUCCAAACAACUGUGAGAACCCUUAACAAACUACAGUUCCCAGCAUUCUUUGGGGGGAGCUGUGGCCAUUUAAAAUGGGGUCACAGUGCUUUAAAUGCAUGGUGCAGGUAGUGCCCAACAUGGCAAUUACAUUUAUGGGGAGCUUUUUAUGGGUAUGGGUAUGGGUAUGGCUUGCACUUUACCCACCCCUGGUCGGCAGAGAUGAGAAUCACUGUGAGGCAUCCUUUCUUCCAGGUCAUCCUCAACCCACUCAAGCCAAGGAUGUCACUGACCAAAGGAGCACUGGCCAUUUCCAGCAUCUGGAUAAUGGCAGCCUGCUUUUCAUUACCCCAUGCUAUCUACCAAAAGCUCGUCAUUUAUAAUUAUAGGUGAGUCUUUUAAGCUACCCUUUUCUUUUCUCCCCUGUCAAACUAUGUGUUACUUUAAAAAAUAAAAAAAUGAAAAGCAAGCUUCACCUCCUACCAAAGAUGGCCACAGGAGUGGAUUUCCUACAUUGGCAGGAGGCUGGACUAGGCAACUUCCAUUCUGUAGGUGGAAUACAGGAAGGUGUGUUAUACUGAGUCAGGCCAUGCACCCAUCCACCUGAAUACUGCCUACACCAGUGAUUCCCAAAGUAGGUGGCAAUGUCCCCUGGGAGGUGGAGAGUUGCUAAGAGGCAAAGAGGCAGCAGGGGGUCUGGAGGUGGGCACCUCUGAGUGCGCUGAUCGCUUUUUUACAGUUAGUCAGACUCCAGCCUAAAGCAGCACACCUUCCUCGCUUCAUAUUUUAAGUGUUACUGCUUUUACGGAUUUCAAAGUCAUUUCCUUUGGUCAUUUGCAUUUAUGAUUCUGAGUUGCUGCAAGUCACAAGGCAGCCAAUUAUUGGUAAUAACAGCUAUCGGUUUUCUUACAAAUCAGCUACCGUACAGAGGUGAGCGAAUGGGAGAAAGCCCCACCCAUUAGCACUGAGGGCGCCAUCACACCUAGUUGUAGUUCUUGCAACCCAGCUCAUUCUUUUGGGGUGCUGAUGAGGACACUUGAGUGGGCAGCUAAGGUCAUCGUCUUACAAACAAAAGGUCUGACCAGUUUAGCAACUUCCUCCUCUAUUAGAUUCCAACCUUCACUGGGCAGCACCCCCCAAAUGGGAAGGGACUCACCAAACCCACAACAGUAUGUUGCUGUGCUACACAACCCCUAUCAUCCCCGACCUUGGACUUUGUUGUCUGGGGCUGAUGGGAGCUCAGUAUGACACCUGGAUGGCUCCAACUCAGCCACCCCUUCCUUGAGAUUAGCCCCCUACCCUUUUUAAAUCGAGUAACCGAUAUUCAUCUGGCAAGGAACAACAGAAUGGGAGCAGUGGUUCUGGGGAGUCUAUUGUCAUUCCAUGCUCGCUUCCCACUUUGGGACAACAGCCAGUGUGUGUGGAACUUCCCUUUGCAGCACAGCAUCACUGCAGUUCAGGAGCAUGAAAACAGGAUAUUAAAGAUGUGAAUCAAGCCAUGAAAAAAAUUACGCAGUGACAAUAUCUGUAGGACAAGAAUGGAUGAGAAGAGAGGUGAAAUGGGAAGAAGGAUCUUAGAGUAAUCUGAGCUUGCAUAUUGCAUACGGUUUAAUGUCAGUGGGACUAAGCAGUGGUUCAAAACACAGGGUUUGGGGGGUUCUGCUGCUUUUUCCUCUCUGGGGGGUCUGGGCUGAGGUUGCGGCUGCAGAGAUGAACGUCUUUUUAAUGAUCCGACGUCACAAGAUGACCAUCUUCACAGACGCCAAGGAGUCCAGUACGGUGUAUGAGCUGAAAAGAAUUGUUGAGGGGAUACUUAAGAGACCCCCAGAAGAACAAAGGCUAUACAAGGAUGACCAACUGUUGGAUGACAGCAAAACCCUCGGAGACUGUGGCUUCACCAGCCGGACAGCACGACCUCAGGCCCCAGCAACAGUUGGCUUGGCCUUCAGAGCCAGUGAAGAUGCCUUUGAGCCCCUCCGCAUUGAUCCCUUCUCCAGCCCCCCGGAGCUCCCAGACGUGAUGAAGCCCCAGGACUCUGGCAGCAGCGCCAACGAGCAAGCGGUGGAGUGAGAGGCCAGAGGGAGACGGAGCGAGCUGCACAACCUGUGGCGCCCCUUCCCCACCACCCACUCCCUCCCUCAACCCUCCAGCGUGGAGAGAGACAUGGCACUGUCCCACCCCUCCAAUCCAGCUCCCCCUUUUACUCCACCCCUCUCUAUACAAGACCACACCUCCUUCCAAGCACCUCUCCACUCAUCAAACAGAGCAAUGUUUUCAUUUUUGGUUUUGGAAACAAUAAAAGUUCUAAAAAAAACAAAAAAAACCAGGGUUUGGCAGCAACAUGGGGGGUGGGGAGGUGAGGCACAAGGAGUUCUGCAAGGGCCCUGGUGGAGGUCAGGUGUCAGGAGGCACCUUCGGAUGAGCAGAGAGAGUCCAAAUAAGGAGAAAGAAUGGAGGGGGGAAGGAGCUCCCAGUAAGAAGUCCAUAGCCGGCUGGGACCAGCAUCUCCCUCAACCACCUACCAGCCUGGCCCCUGAGCUUAAAAACAAGAAGCUCAUGGCGUCACUAUUACUGAGGAAAGUUCCCAGGUAGGCUGCUUUCUUCAGCGCCUGUUCUUGUGGUUCCCUGCCAUCUGCACGAGGCAGGGGAGAGCUGAGGUGGCAGAGCAACAAGUAAUAAUGCAGCAGGAAUAAUGAGAAAAUCAAUGACCAGCUUCACAGUUUUCCCCACAUCGUAAUUUUUUACGUAGUUCACACACACAUUGUGAUUCAGGAUAUAUUGCCAUGUCAGCUAUUAUGAAACCAUUACCACGAUGUGAAGUUCAAACUGGUUUUGGACAAUGUGUUAAUACAUCGCCCAGCCCUAGUGCAGAGUGCCUUCUACCAGCUCUGCUUGGUGGCCCAACUGCACCCCUGUCUGGACAAAGUUAGCCUAACUUAUGUUGUCUAUGCCUCUAGGUUAGACUACUGCAAUGCAUUAUACUUAGGGCUGCAUCUGGAGAUGGUUCAAAAAUUUCAGCUGGUGCAGAAUCUGGUGGCCAGGUUGCUCACUACAACAAGAUGGUUUGAGAAUAUUACACUGAUCCUGGUCCGACUGCACUGGCUGCCAGUCAGUUUCUGGGCCCAAUACAAAGUGCUGGUUUUGACCUAUAAAGCCUUAAAUGGCUGCAAUACCUCACAGACUACCUCUCCUCAUAUGAACCGACCCAGACUCUACAAUCGUCAUCUGAGGCCCUUCCUCAUGUGCCUCCUCCACAAGAGGCCUGGGGGGUGACAACACGCGUAUGGGUCUUUUCUGUGGUGGUUCCACAGAAUGCUCUCCCCAUGGAGGCCUGCCUGGCACCUUCCUUACACAUAUUCAAGCAGAAAACAGAGGCAGUAAAACCUGGCAUAGUUACUGUGGUAAAAGUUCCAAAAUUAUUCAUAUAGGAACACAAGAAUGGCUUGUAAGAGUCAUGCAGUCUGAACUGUAGCAACCAGCUCAAAACUGAGCUUCUCUGGUAGCAAUAGGCUUGAUUACCCUUUUCCCAAGGUGAGAGUGAGUGAACCAGCUAAGCCUGGCAGGAAGCUAACUCUAUAGAAUUAACCCCUUAAUGCAUUAAUUAGACUUUUAAUUAGACUUAAGCAUGUUGGUUACAAGAUAGCGUUGCCAUAUUUCAAACAGGGAAAAUCUGGACAGAAAAGUUAUUGAGCUUUUUUGGGCAAAAUUGCAUUUAUUAUUUUUGUGGCUUUUGAGCUUUUUGAAUGGAAAAUCAGCAAAAACUGCACCGUCGACAUGACCUGCUAUACAACCGGAUUUCCCCCAGCAUUUUAUUGAUUCCCACCCAGAUGCUGCUAGAGGCAGCAGUAUUCCAGAUAUGUUGGGGAAAAUCCGGAUGUAUGGCAAUGCCAGAUGAGGCUCGUUAUCCCACAGAUUGAAGAGAUGUACUUUUGGUACAUAUUAAUGAAAUUCUAUCAAUCCAGAAUUAUAAAACGGACUCUAUGGCAACAGAGCAACCUCUUAGGAUGCAGUAAAUAGCACUUAAAUUGGCCAGCAAAGGAGCUGGUUUGGCUGGUUCAGCAGCCUCUUCUCCUAGAUUCUAAGCAGGCCCUUGAAGGGACCCACAAAUAUCAUCCAGACCGCAUCCUUCCUCCCCCCCCCAAAAAAAACCCCUCAUAUCAGUAUGCUCAGCUAUGUUAAGCUACAUAAAAAUUUCCGAAGUUUUCUUGACUACGUAUCCAGAAUAAAUGUUUAUUUGUUUUCAAAGGGAAACUACUAUUCGUAGCUUGUGCCUCCCAGAUUUUCCUGAGCCAGCAGAGGUGGUGCAGAAAUAUGUGGACCUUUCCACUUUCCUCCUCCUUUACCUCUUGCCCCUCCUCAUCAUUUCCAUCACUUACACACGGCUGGCCAAGAAGCUCUGGCUGCACAAUGCUGUGGGGGAUGUCACCACACAGCAGUACAUCAUCCAUCACAACAACAAGAAGAGAAGCAUCAAAAUGCUCAUGCUGGUGGUGGUGGUUUUUGCCCUCUGUUGGUUCCCGCUCAACUGCUACGUGCUGCUCAUCUCCACGAUGAACAUCAGAACCAAAAACUCUCUCUAUUUCGUCCUUCAUUGGUUUGCCAUGAGCAGCACUUGCUACAAUCCUUUCAUCUACUGCUGGCUGAAUGACAGCUUCCGUUCCGAGCUCAAGUCCUUGUUCGCCAUGUGCCUGAAGGCGCAGCAGACGAGAGACAACCUCAUUCCAGGGGCAACCUUGCCGUAUGGGGAGGCAUGGAUGCAGCAAAUCAAAUGCAAGCAAAGGUUUUCUUUACAGAGCAUCCGCUCAACCACAAACGUGCAGACUUUCAAAACGGAUUUGUGA